AUCUGUCUUCACAUUCAUCGAGAAACAUUAUUGUUCAAAACAGUUUGCUUUGAUUCGCUUGAUCCUUUUUUCCAGUAAGCUCUUCAAAGGAUAUUUUUUAAGCAUUUAAUAUCCGGAAUGACUGCUUAAAUUUAGGCCACACUAUGGAUGAGGUAAUCCUAGUUGACGAUGACUUUGAGCAACUACAGGCACUAGAGCAGCCGACUAUUACGGGACUCGGUAAUGGCCUGGCCCAACCGUGUAUUCGGAUGGGUGGAACGAAGCGUGCCCACAACGGAGUGUUUAUAAGGCAGAUUCAACCAGGGAAUACUGAUCAAGAGCUAGUGGAUCCGGCACAAGCUGCAGCUGUUAUAUACGAUGGGCAGGAUAUAUUCUUCAUUCAGGAAGUGGAUGAUGAUAACGAUGCAGAAUUGGCAGAAGUUGUAGAAAUUCCUCUCGAUCCGAAUGCACAUUGCUCGGAGUCGGAUUCGACGAUUUCGGUAUUCGAUGUAGGCUCAGACGAGGAGAAUAUAAUACCACAACAAGGAAAAUCAUUCCUAGAGCAGGAAGCCUCGGAAGCAUUGGACGAUUGUCAUGAUGUCGAUCCCACUGAACUUUCCGACAUUUGGAACGAUCUUAUAACCGCUAAUCAGGAGAUUCUGAUUCUGUUGGAGUUGCAGGAUUUAAAGUUGCAUAUUAUAGACGCCCGACGCAUUGAAAAUCAGUUAUCGGAUAUUAUGUGCGAGUUUUGUCCCAGAAUUCUGCAAGACAUGCGCGCUUGGAAUCGUCACAUCCAAAAGCACCACUUUCAGACGGAAUGGUUCCAGUGCAACAGUUGUAACGCCAAAUUAAAAAAUUACGCCCGAUUGAAAGACCACCUCAAUGGCCACAGGGGCGACAGAGUGUACCAAUGCGACGAAUGCAACCAUCAGUAUGCCUUUCGGAUGGGAUUAAUCGUGCACAAAAUUCUGGAUCACAUCAAAAUGAACGGAAUCUAUGUUUGCCCAAAAUGUGAUCUAGACUGCAAAAAUCUCCAACACUACAAACUGCACAUCGCAAAGCAUAUUGAUUUUGCACCCGCAGUUCAGCAUAGUGCGGAAAGUGGCCACAACUCUGCGGGGGCAAUGUCUGUGCUACCGGCGGCUAAGUCGAAACGUAAUCGAGCAGCAAAGGUUUCUGCCUCAUCGGUUAUGCCAAACAUUUCAAACGACAAUGAACGAUACAAAUUCCUCAACGCUUUCGAGAGCUUUUCCCAGCAGCGGAAAGAAUUUAAGCAUCUUCCUCCGAAGAAAUCCAAACGAUGAAUAGGGGUAACAUUUCUACAUAACUAGAGCUAUGCGAAAUCAAGUAUCGCAUAAAAAUAUAUAUUAAUGAACUGAGAUGAGUUUUUGCGAGACUUUCCUGAGUUAAUUUUGAUCGUUUGUAAAUAUGUCUAACUUCUCUGGGGGAAACAAUUCUCCAGAUUUCCCAGGAAAUCGUAA